CUUCCGGCACGUCGCCCGCUCCGGGGGAGGAGGUGGGGGGUUUCACUUCCGGGACGGUGUUCCGGCCCAUUCCGGCCCAUUUCCACCCCCGGAGCUCUCACCCCCUCGUCCGGUGCCGACGCUAGAGACAGACUUUUACUAGGCUCCAAAAUUAGAACAUCUGAAAUUCAGGAUGGCAUGGACCAAGGCACUUAUUGGAGUAAAAGUUGCAAAACAGACAAAAACGCUUUGGAAAAAGCAGGGCUGAAUGCCUGCCUCCACCCCCAGGCCCCACCAUGGAGAAGGGCGGGAACAUCCAGCUGGAGAUCCCCGAUUUCAGUAACUCCGUCCUGAGCCACCUGAACCAGCUGCGCAUGCAAGGCCGCCUCUGCGACAUCGUGGUGAACGUGCAGGGCCAGGCGUUCCGGGCGCACAAGGUGGUGCUGGCCGCCAGCUCGCCCUACUUCCGCGACCACAUGUCCCUGACCGAGAUGAACACCGUGUCCAUCUCCGUCAUCAAGAACCCCACGGUGUUCGAGCAGCUCCUGUCCUUCUGCUACACCGGCCGAAUCUGCCUGCAGCUGGCCGACAUCAUCAGCUACCUGACGGCCGCCAGCUUCCUGCAGAUGCAGCACAUCAUCGACAAGUGCACGCAGAUCCUGGAGGGCAUCCACUUCAAGAUCAACGUGGCCGAGGUGGAGGCCGAGCUCGGCCAGCCGCGGACCAAGCACCCCGCCGAGCGCCCGCCGGAGUCCCCCCGGCGGACGCCCGGCCUCGGCCACGGCCACUCCCUCAGCCCGCGCCUGAACACCCCGCAGUGCGGCCGGCGGGGGGGCCCGGCUGGCGGCGGCGGCGGCGGCCUGCUGGACCUGCGGGAGCUCAGCCCGCCCGAGGAGUCCACCAGCCCGCAGCUCAUCGAGCCCAGCUCGGACGUGGAGAGCCGCGAGACCAUCCUGCGCAUCAACCGGGCUGGCCAGUGGUACGUGGAGACGGGCGUGGCCGACCGCGGCGUGGGCAGCGACGGCGAGGUGCGGGUGCUGGGCACCGUGCAUAUCAAGACUGAGAACCUGGAGGAGUGGCUGGGGCCCGAGAACCAGCCCUCGGGCGAGGACGGGAGCAGCGCCGAGGAGGUCACGGCCAUGGUGAUUGACACCACGGGGCCCAGCUCCGUGGGGCCCGAGACUUACGCCUUGGGGUCUUCCGGGGCCCAGGUGGCGCGGCCCACCAGCAGCGAAAUUGACAGGUUCAGCCCGUCCGGCAGUGUGGUGACCCUGACCGAGAGACACCGCGCCCGGAGUGAGUCUCCAGGGAGAAUGGACGAGCCGAAGCAGCCCUGCUCGCAGGUGGAGGAGUCGGCCAUGAUGGGCGUCAGCGGCUACGUGGAGUAUCUCCGCGAGCAGGAGGUGUCGGAGCGGUGGUUCCGCUACAACCCGCGGCUGACCUGCAUCUACUGCGCCAAGUCCUUCAACCAGAAGGGCAGCCUGGACCGCCACAUGCGCCUGCACAUGGGCAUCACCCCCUUCGUGUGCCGCAUGUGCGGCAAGAAGUACACGCGCAAGGACCAGCUGGAGUACCACAUCCGCAAGCACACGGGCAACAAGCCCUUCCACUGCCACGUGUGCGGCAAGAGCUUCCCGUUCCAGGCCAUCCUGAACCAGCACUUCCGCAAGAACCACCCGGGCUGCGUCACCCUGGAGGGCGCGCACAGCAUCUCCCCCGAGACCACCGUCACGUCGCGGGGCCCGGCCGAGGAGGGGUCCCCGUCGCAGGAGGAGCCGUCGGGGGCCGGGGAGACGGCGCCCGGCUCGGUGUCCACCACGGGCCCCGACUGAAACGUGGGGGGGGAGGGGGCGGCACCUCCCCCUCCCCCCUGGGCCGUCAGCCGCGGGCGCCGGGGCCACGGGCUGGUCCUGCGAUUCACAAAACGCCACGUCGCGCGCCCGGACGCCGCCGCCGCCACGCCCCGGGGGUCGCCCCACUGAGGGGGUCCGCCACGGCAUCCGUCCGUCCGUCUGCGCCUCCGUCCCCACCUCACACUUGGGAAAAAAAUAAGCAAAUCAACCUUCUAAUUCAGGGAUCAACAGCCUUGGUUUGUUAACUUUAUAAGAAGACGAAGAAAAAAAAACAAAAACAGUUCAUUUUUUUGUUUGUUUGUUUGUUUGGUUUUGUAAUGAAACACCGACCAACGGUCACUGCCCCCAGCAGACCUGUUUGAACACUGUACUCGGGUCCCCCAGCGUCUCCCGCAAUGGUCAGGGCAUUGCCCAGGUCUACAGAACCGUGAAGGAGCCUUGAUCGGAAUCAGCCGAGCCAAUUCAGGACCCCCCGAGGGGGAGGGACCCGUCGCCCCCCCACCCCACCUGCCUUCCCAGCUGGAAUCCACAGCGACGCUUUUCCAGACGGGAUCCAUCCUGUGGCUCUGUGGCCAAGACAACACCUGCUCUUCAGCCUGUUGAUGGGUCUGCGGCCACCACUGAGGCACCGUGGCCUGGUGGGCAAGUGGUACCUCGAAGCACUUUAGACAACAGGAAGUCGAAGGAAGAAUCAGCCCCGGGUUCCUGGCAGACCCACCAGCUGUCUGGUUGCCUGCGUGAGUGGUCCCCGGGGCCUGGAGACCGGGAGGGGCAUUGGGAAGCGUUUCUGUUUCGAGAAUCGAGAAUGGCUCGGCCGCGGGGUGUCGGAGGGCUUUUGGGGUGGGGGGGCGGCGGGGGGGUUCCCUGGGCGUUAGGAGUGAAGGGCUGGAGUCCAGGUGGAGUCGCGUGUCCAGGCUGACGACCAAAGCUUCAUCCGGGCUCUGGACUCCUGGGGUCACGCCAUAGCAAUAUUGUCCAUCCAAAAUGUCACUUUCCAGGAAAAGGGAAAAGAAGGAAAAAAAAAAAAAGAGCCUGUAUUGUAUUUUUAAAGCUACAGGCCUCCAGUUUGAUAACUUUUAUAGGAUGUUUUAAACACGAUUUUCCCCCACCACACACAUACACACACACACACACACACACACACUCGAUCGUUGUGGCGAAAGAAAUUCAACGCUUGGGUUCUCGCCGCAAUCCAUCCCUUCCACUCGUGUGACAGACUCUAUUUUUAGUCCCCUAGAGGCACCUCACUAAAUCGUCUCUUGUCUGUGGCGCACACUCCAAGAACUUCACUUUGGAACUUUGGAACAGUACACUACAGGGCACUGACCAGAACCUCACACGCACGCACGGACACAGGCAUACACGCGCGCGCGCGCGCGCGCGCGCGCACACACACACACACACACACACACACACACGGCAUAGACACGUUGCAAUAAACGACCAAGGGAUCGAUUUUGAUCAGGUUUGGUUACUUAAUCAUUCCCAAGCUUUGGAAACUGUCAAGGGACCCUUUUUUUGGUCAUUCUGGGCAUUUCUGCGAUUCUUAAUCCAGCACUGAGAGUCAGAAGGAACUUACCAAAUGACAUGAAGCUUUACAUGUCCUGCCGUGGAUGCAGAGAAGGGGGGCGAGGAGAGGGGAGGGGGAGCUGUCCACAGAGAGUCAGCCCCGCAGAAAGAAAAGACACCUCCAGCUUCUCUGGAUUGAUCGGGACCUUUUUUUUGUUUUGUUUUUAUCUUUGUUUUAGUAUUUAAGUAGGUAGGUGUUUAAAGGAUUAUUUUUGCAGAGGCCUGGGUGAUUGCAAAAGGAUUGAGGAGAGGGCGUGGUGUCUGGUACUUCCAGGCUCUGGGUGACCAACAGUUUGCUCCCUCCCUCGGAGGGGCUAAACUUGGAAGGCGGGGAGGAGGGGGUGACAUCUCUGCUCAUGAGUUCCAGUGCAACAGGUAAUUUAAGCUCUCUGAGAAUUGCACUUCCUCCGAUAAGCUGGACCUUCAUGCUAGCAAAAACGGUUGUCUUCUGGAAAAAAAACAAAAAAAAAACAGAAAUGAAUCUUUAAAUAGGGAUAUAAUGAUGCUAUCACUGACUAAGAGCCUGGCUUAUUAUUUUUAUUAUUAUUUUGGUUGGUUGAUGUGGGUUUUUGGGCUAUGCACGGCGAUGCUCCUGGGUUCCUCCUGGCGGCGCUUGGGGGACCGUGGGGCGUGCCAGGGAUCGAACCCGGGUUGGCUGUGUGCAAAGCGAACGCCCUCCCAGCUGUGCGAUCUCUCUGGCCCAGCGCCUGACUUCUUAGAGGCCAUGGGGAAGCUCUAUUUAUUUGCUAUGUAAUUGGUCUUUAGGAGAGGAACAGGCAUUUUCUUUAGUUGGGAAAAGGAAAACGUAGCCAGAGGCUACUUUAGGACCAGCUUAAUGGAGUUGGAAAAAAAACAAGGAAAUCUCUAGGGAAAUCCAGUUACAAUUGGUAAUCCAAUAUUUCCGGGAGCAGAUGUUACAAGUGCAUAAAAUGAUAAAUUGUUGCUGCUUUUGAUACAACUUCAAACAAAGCCUACCAAAAAUGUUGCUUUCUUUUUUUUUUUUUUUUUUUUAAUCCUUGGCUUUGUGAGUCACGCCCGGUGAUGCUCAGGGGUUGCCCCUGGCUCUGCACUCAGGAAUCACUCCUGGUGGUGCUCAUGGGAUGCUGGGAAUCGAACCCCCGUCGGCCACGUGCAAGGCAAAUGCCCUCCCCGCCGGACCAUACCAAAAAACGUUCAAGUCUCUUCUCCUUUGAAGAAGUAGUUUGCUGGAGAGUUCUUUAGUGUUUGCUUACAGUUAUUUGUGUGUGUGUGUGUGUGUGUUUUGUUUGUUUUUUUUUUUAUGUGAAAAAAAAGAGCUUUGCAGCUCUUACCACAUCACGGUCAAGUACAGUGACUUUUGUAAAGCGGAACUGCUGCAUUCGCUAGUUUCAGCCACACACAUUUGUUUUUUGUUUUUUUUUUUUUAAAA